CACGUAUUGGAGGAUUUUCAAUUGUAAAUUCCGUGCUUGCUUUUAAAUAUUAUACUGAAAUAGUGAAAGAACGAAUAAAAUGGGUACACUAUCUGAUUUCGGACAAAUUGCAUUAAAGUGGGAUCCCAAAAACCUUGAAAUACGUACCAUGUCAGUUGAGAAAACCUUAGAGCCUUUGGUUUUACAAGUUACAACACUUGUGAAUACAAAGGGUCCAAGUAAAAAGAAAAAAGGUAAAUCAAAGCGUGCAAGUGCGUUAGUUGCUGCCGUUGAAAAAGCAACCGAAAACUUUAUUCAAAAGGGAGAGCAGAUUGGCUAUGAAAAUCCGGACAUUACCCAAGAAAUGCUGGCCGCCGUUGAUGAAGUACGUAAAACUGGAGAUGCUAUGAGAGUAGCGGCUAGGGAAUUUUCUGAGGAUCCAUGUAGUUCAUUAAAACGCGGUAACAUGGUGCGGGCAGCAAGAAACUUGCUAUCUGCUGUAACACGAUUAUUGAUAUUGGCUGACAUGGUUGACGUUCAUUUGUUGUUGAAGUCCUUACAUAUUGUUGAAGACGAUUUAAAUAAAUUAAAAAAUGCUUCGAGCCAAGAUGAACUUAUGAGUAAUAUGAGACAAUUUGGUCGUAACGCUGGAGAACUCAUAAAACAAGCAGCAAAGCGUCAACAAGAACUUAAAGAUCCUCAAUUGCGCGAUGAUUUAGCUGCAGCUCGGGCUAUGCUGAAAAAACAUUCAACUAUGCUCUUAACUGCAUCUAAGGUGUACGUGCGUCAUCCAGAAUUAGACUUAGCUAAAGUAAACAGAGACUUUAUUCUCAAACAAGUUUGUGACGCUGUAAACACUAUUAGUGACGUCGCACAGGGAAAAUCUUCUCAGCCAACUGACAUAUACAGUGGCGCUGGCGAGUUAGCUGCAGCUUUAGACGACUUUGACGAGGGUAUUGUAAUGGAUCCAAUGACGUAUAGUGAAAAGCGCUCUCGGCAGUUAUUGGAAGAGCGGUUGGAAAGUAUUAUUAGCGCUGCGGCACUAAUGGCAGAUGCAGAUUGUACACGGGAUGAACGGCGUGAAAGGAUUGUGGCUGAAUGUAAUGCCGUACGACAGGCUUUGCAGGAUUUGCUUUCAGAAUACAUGUCAAACAUGGGCCAAAAAGAUAACAGUCCUGGACUCGAUCGUGCUAUUGAUCAAAUGUGCCGUAAAACGCGUGAUUUGCGUCGUCAAUUGAGGAAAGCUGUUGUUGAUCAUGUCUCUGACUCAUUUUUGGAAACAACGACUCCUUUGAUUGAUUUAAUUGAGGCUGCCAAAUCUGGAAACGAAAAAAAAGUGCGCGAAAAAGCCGAAAUAUUUACAAAGCAUGCUGAAAAACUUGUUGAAGUUGCUAAUCUAGUAUGCAGCAUGUCUAACAAUGAGGAUGGCGUUAAAAUGGUCCGCUAUGCCGCGGCACAAAUCGAAAGUCUUUGUCCACAAGUAAUAAAUGCAGCAUCAAUUCUCACAGUUCGGCCUAAUUCAAAGGUAGCCCAAGAAAACAUGUCAGCUUAUCGUCAGGCAUGGGAAGUGCAAGUUCGAAUAUUAACGGAAGCCGUUGAUGACAUUACAACCAUUGAUGACUUUUUGGCAGUUUCCGAAAAUCAUAUUCUAGAGGAUGUAAAUAAAUGUGUAAUGGCAUUGCAAAUUGGCGAUUCCACGGACUUGCGUAUAACAGCUGGAGCCAUUCAGGGUCGUUCAGCAAGAGUAUGCAAUGUAGUCGAAGCAGAAAUGGACAACUAUGAGCCCUGCAUUUACACAAAACGGGUACUUGAAGCCGUUAAAGUAUUGCGAGAGCAAGUUAUGACUAAAUUUGAUCAGCGUGUUGAUUCCGCCGUCGAAGCACUUUCAGCUAAUAUCAACAAGGACGUGGAUGAGAAUGACUUUAUUGAUGCUUCACGCUUAGUUUAUGAUGGUGUGCGUGAAAUACGACGAGCAGUUUUAAUGAACCGAAGCUCUGAAGACCUUGAUACAGAUACAGAAUUUGAACCAGUAGAAGAUUUAACAUUGGAAACACGUAGUAGAUCGAGUGCGCAUACAGGUGAUCAGACAGUUGAUGAAUAUCCAGACAUAAGCGGUAUUUGUACUGCUAGAGAGGCAAUGCGUAAAAUGACCGAAGAGGACAAGCAAAAAAUUGCUCAACAAGUGGAGCUGUUCCGUCGGGAAAAGCUUACUUUCGACUCUGAGGUUGCUAAGUGGGAUGAUACUGGUAAUGAUAUAAUCUUCUUGGCAAAACAUAUGUGUAUGAUAAUGAUGGAGAUGACAGACUUUACUAGGGGGCGUGGACCUUUAAAGACAACGAUGGAUGUUAUUAAUGCAGCUAAAAAAAUAUCAGAAGCUGGAACCAAACUGGACAAACUUACUCGAGAAAUAGCUGAACAGUGCCCAGAGAGCAGUACCAAAAAAGACCUAUUGGCCUAUUUACAACGCAUUGCUCUUUAUUGCCAUCAAAUUCAAAUAACUUCAAAGGUGAAAGCGGAUGUUCAAAAUAUAAGUGGCGAACUUAUAGUUUCUGGGUUGGACAGCGCAACAUCAUUGAUUCAAGCUGCUAAAAAUCUUAUGAACGCUGUAGUACUUACGGUUAAAUACUCAUAUGUUGCUUCAACAAAAUAUACAAGACAAGGAACUGUAACAUCUCCCAUUGUGGUAUGGAAAAUGAAAGCACCGGAGAAGAAACCGCUGGUACGCCCAGAAAAACCAGAAGAAGUUCGUGCGAAAGUUCGUAAGGGAUCCCAGAAGAAAGUUCAAAACCCGAUUCAUGCAUUAUCUGAAUUCCAAAGUCCUGCUGAUGCUGUUUGAGAAAAAUUAACAACAAUUCUGUAUUCGGUAUUAAAGAAUUAAUAUUCAACUAUUUAUUAUAACAUAAAAAUGUGACAAUUAAUAUUUAAACACAAUGAAAGUGUGACUACAAUUAUUGAAAAAUAAAGAGCACAGCAUAUAUGCAACAUUCAUAUCCAUAA